GCAGCCACAGCCGUCUCUUUUUUCCGCACGGACUACGUACUUACAAGCAUCGAAUCAUGCGGGACAAUGGGGAACUGCACAACUACCUGUUCGGACAAAACAGGCACCCUGACUCAAAACUCGAUGACUGUGAUUUUAGGCGCACUAGGA